AUGAAUAGGUAUCGAGUGCUGGUAUUCGCCGCAUUCAUGUUUAUUUCUGCUACAAGUGUACUGCCGUGGAAUUUAUUUAUAAAUGCGCAUGAGUAUUAUCACUACAAGCUCCGUAAUGUAACUGAGAAUGCAACUUUAAGUGAUGAAAAAGAUGACACCGAACUACAGCGUUCAUACGAAGGCUGGGUUACACUUACAGGUGGUGUUUCAUGUCAUACGGUCGUACUAUUGUCACUUGUUCCUACGGUUUUAUUGACAUAUAUCAAUACUGAUGCAUUUCAGUCAGCUUUCUUCUGCAUUUCGAUGGUACUCGCUUCCUUAGCCAGUUUUGGUUCCAUUGGUUUGAUUGCUUGUGGUCUUUUGGGAUUUUCAGCGAAAUUUCCACCUGAAAAUGUACAAGCAGUAAUGAUUGGUCAGUCAGUGGCUGGCAUUUUGAGUUCACUGUUGAGCAUAGUUUGCCAAAGUUUAGCGGCUAAUGCCCUUAUGAAUGGUCGUUUAUUUUUUGUAAUUGCUUUCAUUUGGACUAUUUUGAGUGUUUUUCUUUACGAAUUAUUGGUCCGUUCAAAAGAAACCGAAUUGUUACUUAUCGAUGAGGGUAGCAGGAUUGACGAGUCGUCUGAUCAACGGCUUCUUGAUAAUGUUGACAACACUUUCGAAGGAGAUGAAUCUCCGCUUCAUUUGAGAUCGACGGAAACUCAUUCUUUGUGGAGCGACGCAGAACAAGUAUGGAAAAAAACUAAAGUGGAGUGGUGGGCUGGUUUUAUCAUUUUUUUCGGCACUAUGGCAGCUUUUCCAGCUGUAUCAUCAUUGGUUCAAACAAGUGCGAAAAAUUUAGUUUGGAAAAAUUAUUUUUCAUCUCUCGCAUGCUUUUUAUUAUUCAACUGUGGUGAUGCAUUUGGCCGUUUAGUUGUGAAUUUCUGUAGGCUGAAGGAAAAAGCCUUGAUAAUGCUGUCGUUUCUUCGGCUGCUCGCUAUUCCGGUGCUUUUUUUCUGCAAUAUUAAUCCACGUUAUCAUUCUGUAACAUUAUUUCGUAGUGAUGAAGUUUUUAUUUCAACAAUGUUACUGUUUUCGAUUUCAAAUGGGUUCCUGUUUACAACAGCUACUAUUAAUGCGACAAGCAAAGUGCAUGCUGAAUUACGUGAAUUAGCCGGAAGCAUGUUUGGAUUUAUGGCAGUAAUUUCAACACUAUGUGGCUCGCUGAUUGGUUUAUUACUUGUUAAAGUUAUGUAA